GUUCACGGGUUAAGGCGGACAAAAGUGAACCCAAACUUUCACCCAAGGAGGAUUCAAUGAAAAUGUCCGUCUGUAUGCACGAGACCCGAAAAUCACGGGCCAGCACAGGGUCCAUGAACAUCUACUUGUUCCAUAAGUCGUCAUACGCCGACAGUGUGCUCAUGCACCUCAAUGCCCUGCGACAACAGCGGCUCUUCACCGACGUCCUGCUGCACGCUGGGAGCCGUUCAUUCCCGUGCCAUCGUGCUGUUCUUGCUGCCUGUAGUCGUUACUUUGAAGCUAUGUUCAGUGGAGGACUGAGAGAGAGCCAGGCCAAUGAAGUGGACUUCAGAGACUCCAUACACCCAGAGGUAUUGGAGCUGCUGUUGGACUAUGCCUACUCGUCCCGCGUGGUCAUAAACGAAGAGAAUGCUGAGUCCCUCCUAGAAGCUGGAGACAUGUUGGAAUUCCAGGACAUCAGAGACGCUUGCGCGGAAUUCCUGGAGAAGAACUUGCAUCCAUCCAACUGCCUGGGCAUGCUCCUGCUGUCUGAUGCCCACCAGUGCACGCAGCUUUUCCAGCUCUCCUGGAGUAUGUGCCUGAGCAACUUUCCUGCCAUCUGUAAGACUGAAGAAUUCCUGCAACUUCCUAAAGACAUGCUAGUCCAGCUACUGUCUCAUGAGGAACUGGAGACUGAGGAUGAACGGCUAGUCUAUGAAUCUGCGCUCAACUGGGUGAACUAUGACCUGGAACGUCGGCAUUGCCACCUUCCGGAGCUGCUCCGGACAGUGCGGCUGGCGCUGCUUCCUGCCAUAUUCCUGAUGGAGAACGUCUCUACAGAGGAGCUGAUCAAUACUCAAGCCAAAAGCAAGGAGCUGGUGGAUGAGGCCAUCCGAUGUAAGCUGCGCAUCCUACAGAACGAUGGGGUGGUCAACAGCCCCUGUGCCCGUCCCCGUAAAACUAGCCAUGCCCUUUUCCUACUGGGAGGUCCUACCUUCAUGUGUGAUAAGCUGUACCUGGUGGAUCAGAAGGCCAAGGAGAUCAUUCCUAAAGCUGACAUUCCUAGUCCACGAAAGGAGUUCAGCGCUUGUGCCAUUGGUUGCAAAGUAUAUGUGACGGGCGGGCGUGGCUCCGAAAACGGCGUAUCCAAAGACGUUUGGGUGUAUGACACACUGCAUGAGGAGUGGUCCAAAGCAGCACCAAUGCUAAUUGCACGAUUUGGCCACGGCUCAGCCGAGUUACGGCACUGCCUCUAUGUGGUUGGAGGUCACACGGCUGCAACAGGUUGCCUUCCUGCAUCGCCGUCUGUCUCACUGAAACAAGUGGAGCAGUUUGACCCCGUUGCCAACAAGUGGACCAUGGUGGCGCCCUUACGGGAGGGCGUUAGCAAUGCGGCUGUCGUUAGCGUCAAACUAAAGCUGUUUGCUUUUGGCGGCACCAGUGUAGCGCAUGACAAGCUCCCGAAAGUCCAGUGCUACGACCCUGUGGAAAAUCGGUGGACUGUUCCCGCUUCCUGCCCACAACCAUGGCGGUAUACGGCUGCAGCGGUCCUUGGAAACCAAAUCUUUGUGAUGGGAGGUGACACUGAAUUUUCUGCAUGUUCAGCAUAUAAAUUCAGCAGCGAGACAUACCAGUGGACAAAAGUGGGUGAUGUAACGGCCAAACGCAUGAGCUGCCAGGCUGUAGCAUCGGGUAACAAACUCUACGUGGUAGGAGGCUAUUUUGGCACACAGCGAUGCAAGACGCUGGACUGCUAUGAUCCAACUCUUGACGCUUGGAACAGCAUCACCACUGUGCCCUAUUCGCUCAUCCCCACUGCUUUUGUCAGCACCUGGAAACAUCUCCCUGCUUGAUUGAUGUUUACCAGGAUAUUGUCUGUCCCCCUUACCUUUGGAGAUCUCAUUCAUUUUCAGUCAUCUUCUGCUGGGUUUCGACUGUGAAGAAAUACACUUUAAAUUUUCCAUGAAAGUACAAAGACAUUUUCACGUGUUACGUUUUUACACUUCUCUUUGACAUAAAGGGUGUUAACCAGUCACCAACCUGACCCUCUACUACAGUCACAAACCAAACUACUCCAAAUUGAUCCAAAGUAUGCUCUGCUCUUUAAAGGACAACUGAAAGUACAGAGCCAUGUAAUAUUCUGCCUGGGGGUGUUCCGUAGUGAGCCUGUGUUCAUGAUGAGGACCAAACCUACCAACAGCUGCUGAUUGGAGAGGACCAGUCAGCAUCGAGUGUACUGAAUAUGUCUGUCAAACAAGCUAUCUCGCUGGACACGUGUGUGUCUUGGGGUGUGUCACAUGAAGGAUGGAGUAGGAAAGAGAAAGGAAAGGGCGUACUCCUCUGCAUGAUAUCUGUAGACAAUCCAAGUCACUAUAAUCACUCACUUUUUCUCUCUCUCUCUCUCUCUUAUACCCUGGUGAAGCAAAGGGGAGAGAGGGGGUGUCUUAGAUCAAGAAUGCUCAU